CAUCCUAGUCCUGACGAAGCGAGGCGCACCGCACAACAGAGUUCGAUGGCAUCCUCUCUAUCGUCCUCCCUCUCUGCAAUCCUUUACCAACCUCACUGUGCUCUGCGACUCAGAAUCCAUGGAAGAUACUUUCGCUAUUCUACUGUGAGGCUCCUCUCCUCAGAUAACUACGCAUCAUAUUGCAAUUUGGCGACACGGCAGCGCAAUAGUAGGAGAUUCUCUGUCAAUCUAUCCAAGAAUGUGUCGCAAUCUCACCUCUGUUUCUCCACCGCCGCCACUUCGGAGGGCCCGAGUCUUCGGGACUUCAUUACUCAAGCUGCUCUUGUCACGCCCCAAACCAACCCCGACACUGUACCAGCUUCUGAAGUUGUAAAAAGAGGUCGAAUAUAUCAUGAAACGUAUGGAUGCCAAAUGAAUAUUAAUGACAUGGAGAUUGUUUUAUCUGUAAUGAAGAAUGCCGGAUAUGAUGAAGUUAUGCCGAAUCCUGAGAGUGCUGAGAUCAUCUUCAUCAAUACCUGUGCAAUUAGGGACAAUGCUGAACAAAAAGUAUGGCAGAGACUUAAUUAUUUUUGGUUUCUAAAAAGGCACUGGAAGAGCAAUGUCGCUACUGGAAGGUCCAAAUCUCUACACCCUCCAAAGGUAGUUGUAUUGGGAUGCAUGGCUGAGAGGUUAAAGGAAAAGAUACUUGAUGCAGAUAAGAUGGUCGAUGUGGUCUGUGGGCCUGAUGCUUACAGGGACUUGCCCCGAUUAUUAGACGAGGUAGAUUAUGGUCAAAAGGGUAUCAAUACCCUUCUAUCUCUUGAAGAGACUUAUGCUGAUAUAAGUCCAGUUCGAAUCUCCAAAAAUUCAGUUACCGCAUUUGUCUCGGUGAUGCGGGGUUGCAAUAAUAUGUGCUCGUUUUGCAUUGUUCCCUUUACCCGAGGCAGAGAACGAUCACGCCCUGUCGAUUCAAUAGUAAAGGAGGUGGCAGAACUUUGGAAAGAAGGUGUGAAGGAGGUAACGCUCUUGGGCCAGAAUGUGAAUAGCUAUAAUGAUGCAUCUGGCACUGAGAAGGAAGUUGAACCAGGAACAAAUUGGCAAUAUGCCGAAGGCUUUUCCAGCAUAAGCAAGGUGAAGACAAUGGGUUUACGUUUUGCUGAUCUUUUAGAUAGACUGUCUACAGAAUUUCCAGAUAUGCGGUUUAGAUUCACAUCCCCACAUCCUAAAGAUUUCCCUGAUGAGUUACUGUAUUUGAUGCGAGACAGGCAUAACAUUUGCAACCUCAUCCAUUUACCUGCACAGUCAGGGAAUAGCACUGUUCUUCAAAGAAUGCGCCGGGGUUAUACUAGAGAGGCAUAUCUUGAUCUUGUGCAAAAAAUUAGGAGAAUUGUUCCAGAUGUGGCGUUGACCAGUGAUUUCAUAUGUGGUUUCUGUGGAGAAACGGAGGAAGAGCAUGCAGACACACUAAGUCUUAUAAAAACUGUUGGAUAUGAUAUGGCAUUUAUGUUUGCUUAUAGCAUGAGAGAGAAAACCCAUGCUCAUAGGAACUAUGCUGAUGAUGUUCCUGAGGAUGUUAAGCAGAGGAGGCUGACAGAACUCAUUGAGACUUUCCGUGGGAGUACAGGUCAGUUCUAUGACUCCAAGGUUGGCACUGUCCAACUUGUGUUGGUUGAGGGGUCCAACAAGAGAGCUCCAGAGACCGAGCUUAUUGGCAAAAGUGAUAGAGGCCAUAGAGUCUCAUUUACCAACAUGGCAUUGCCACUUCGGUAUGAGGAUAAUACUAGUUCACGCAAUCCAAUAGUUGGUGAUUUUGUUGAAGUUCGUAUAUUGAAAUCUACUCGAGCAUCACUCUCAGGGGAGGCACUUGCCAUAACUAAAUUGAGCUUAUUCUACAAUGACAUGGAUGAAGAAGCAUUUGUCGCCAGUGCAAGCAGCAGUUGAAAUCUACAUUCAUUCUCAACAUGGAAGCAACUUCUUGAUGCUAGAUCAAAGAUGUUGUGUGUAAAUAUAUGCAUGUGUAUUGUGUAGCUCUUCUCAUUAAAGUGGUAGAAACAGAGAAGGUUAUGGUACAAAUGUCAAGAUGGCACGCGGCGACUACUUGGACUACUCAGUCGUACUGCAUUUUUGUAUUUCAGUGUUAUGGCGUGACAUUUGCAGUAUUUUUACUGCCUAGCCUUAUAAGCUUAUAGAGAUUACUGUUAAUGUGAAUUUUGCUGCUGUAGGAUUUUGAACUGAUUCGUUUCAUGAAGGGUUGUUGUUCCCCCCUA